AUGAAGCUUCACGCUCUUAUCCCCUUCCUUCUUGCCCCUCUCAUAGCUUCCGUUGCUCUCUCUGAGGCCAACAAUGGAGUGGUUGGUGUCAACAAUGAUGCUACUCCUGCCAACAGAGCCCUUGGAAACUUUGCUACCAUCGCUGACGUGACUACCCUCAACGCUAACGAGGACGAUGCUACCACUCGCCUCUGCAACGGUAUUAAUAAUUGUGGACCUUACGAGCUUUGCUAUACUGGAAGAUGCGAGGUCGGGAUCUCUCCUGAGCUUGCCACGCGUGAUGAGGAAACCAACCCCGACACUGAGGAGGCUGAAUCGCGCCACUGCAACAAUAUCAACCUCUGGUGCCCCCCUCAUCAGAUCUGCUACCGCAGCAUUUGCGUUACCCCCGGUGCCCUCGCUGCCCGUGCUGAUGAAGCCACUCAGGAAGAGGCUCGUUGCCGCAUGAAUAUGGAUUGUCCCCCUAGCCAGUCCUGUGUUCGUGGAGAAUGCCGUCGCAGAAUCCCUCCUUUCAGCGAUGAGGUUGACGAGUCUUUCUUGGAGGAACGCGAUGAGUUCAAAACUCGUUGCGGCAUGAACAUGGAUUGCCCCCCUAGCCAGUCCUGUGUUCGUGGCAAGUGCCGUGGUAGGAUCCCUCCUUUCGCCAAUGCCGAGAGUGACGAGUAUCCCUUGGCGGGACGCGAUGAGGUCAAAACUCGUUGUGGCAUGAACAUGGAUUGCCCCCCUAGCCAGUCUUGUGUUCGUGGCAAGUGCCGUGGCAGGAUCCCUCCUGUGGCUUGA